CGCCCACCGCCCACCGCCGCUCGCCGCCGCCGCCUCCUCCUCCUAUUGCUUUGGGAACAGCUCAAAGUUUGAAACAAGCACUCUCAGUGGAAGUUGAAGCUAAACAUCAUAAGAAAUGUCUCAGACCCUCGUCGUACGAUCUCCCCUGGCGCCUUUACACUCAGCCGCCGCCCCUCACGGCGUCCGACUAUCAAAACGCACUAUCACUCACACACGCAAGUGGACGCUCAUUAUCUCAGCCAGCAUAGCUUCCACCGCACAUUCCAGGAAAGGGGGCGACCGGUGGUCACUUCACGGCAUGAGUGCCCUCGUUACCGGCGGUACCAGAGGCAUUGGGAAUGCCAUUGUGGAGGAAUUGGCUGGGCUUGGAGCCACCGUGCAUACUUGCGCCCGGAGCGAAGAGGAGCUGGGAAAAUGCUUGAGGGGAUGGAAAGAGGAAGGGUUUGAAGUGAGUGGAUCAGUGUGCGAUGUGUCAUCUCGGCCUGAGCGCGAGAAGCUAAUGGAGGCUGUUUCUUCUACUUUCAGUGGAAAGCUCGAUAUCCUUAUAAACAAUGUCGGGACAAAUAUACGAAAACCUGUAUUGGAUUUCACAGCCAAGGACUUUUCCACCCUAUUGGCAACAAACUUCGAAUCUGUUUUUCAUCUAUGCCAACUUGCCUAUCCUCUUCUUAAAGCAUCGGGAGCAGGAUGUGUUGUAUUCACUUCAUCUGUCUCGGCUUUUGUAUCACUGAAGUCUAUGUCUGUCCAAGGAGCAACAAAAGGAGCUAUUAACCAACUUACAAAAAGCUUGGCGUGUGAGUGGGCAAAAGACAAUAUCAGGAGCAAUGGCGUUGCGCCUUGGUACAUCAGAACAUCUAUGGUGGAGCAAGUGCUGAGUAAUGAGGAAUAUGUAGAGGAGGUUUAUGAUAGGACUCCUCUAAGACGCCUGGGAGAACCCUCAGAGGUGUCUUCUCUUGUGGCAUUCCUCUGUUUACCUGCUUCAUCUUACAUCACUGGCCAGAUCAUUUGUGUCGAUGGCGGCAUGACUGUAAAUGGAUUUUAUCCCCGGCAUGGCUAAAACUGCAGAAAAUGAACUCAAAUUCUUUUCUUUCCGCCAAAGAAUCAAUGCCUCACUACUUAGAUUCUUUGACUAUUCAGUAACAGAAGUAUUAUCACAUCUACCAGGUUCGAUUCUGUUGCAUUCUUUGACCAUUCAGUAACAGAAGUAUUAUCACAA